AAUUUCGCGGCACCCACGACAACAACAAACAACAACGCCAACCAACCACCAUGCUGGAGGCCAACACGCUGGGGUACAGGUUGCUUGUGCUCCUGUUCAACUGCCUGCUCACGUUUGGCAGCUACUAUUGCUUUGAUAUGCCCUCCGUCUUGGAGACCACCUUUGAAGACUCCAAGGAAGAUGGCGGGCUCGGCCUGACCAGCGUGCAGUACAACCUCUUGUACAGCAUCUAUGCCUGGACCAACGCAGCCAUGGUGAUUGGCGCCGGUUUCCUCGUCGACAAGGCCGGCAACCGCCUCAGCCUCCUGCUCUUCUCGGGGCUGUGCCUUGUCGGCGCUAGCAUCUUCGCUUUGGGCGUGAGCCUGAAGCUGUAUCCCCUCAUGCUCUGCGGGCGUCUGAUCUUUGGCAGCGGGAACGGCUCCCUCACCAUCGUGCAGAACAAGAUCACGGCCAUGUGGUUUGAAGGCAAGGAGCUUGCGAUGGCGUUUGGAUUCACGCUUGCCUUUUCGCGCCUUGGGUCUGUCCUCAACUUCCUCUUCACGGAGACCAUCUCCGACCACCUCGGCCUCUCAAACACCCUCUGGUUCGGGUGCGGACUGUGCGGCCUUGGGUUUCUGAGCGCCCUCACAGUGAGCUAUCUCGACUCCGCGGGACAGCGCAAGCUUGGCAAGGCCGGUGAUCUGAAGAGCGCGUCGAAGAAAGUGAAGUUUACGGACAUUCGAUUCUUCGACUCGCGAUUCUGGCUGCUCGCCCUCACCAUCAUGUUCUUCUACAACAGCGUCUUCCCCUUUGUCGCAGACGCAGCGUCGUUUGUGCACAUGAAGUAUGACAAGAGCAAGACCGCCUCCUCCCACAUUGCCGGCGGCGUGUACUACGUCUCCAUGGGCCUCUCCCCGUUCAUGGGCGCCCUCGUGGAUCGCCUCGGUGGCCGCGGAUACCUCUCCAUCGCGUGCUCCAUUCUCACCAUCCCCGUCUUUGUCAUCCUUGCCUUUGUGGGCAAGUCUGUGUCGCCGUAUGUGCCCGUGCUUGGCCUUGGCGUGACCUACUCCAUCAUGGCAGCGGUCCUCUGGCCAAGCAUCCCGCUCGUGGUCACACCAGCCACCGUCGGCACUGCGAUGGGCGUGGUGACGAGUCUGCAGAUGAUUGGCAUUGGCCUGUGCAACCUCUGUGUUGGCUGGCUCCGUGGGAAGUACACAAAGGACAGCACACCCGAGGAGGUGCACCAGAACUUGGAGCACUGGAAGCACGUGAUGCUGUUCCUGCUGGCCCAGAUUGUCGCAUGCGUCGCCGUCUCCGUCGUCCUCAACAUUGUCGAUGCUCGCACGGGCCGUGUGCUGAACCGCAAGGGCAUGAGCAAGGGCGACAGCGACGAGGACGACGAUGAGAAGCGAGCGCUGCCAGCGCCCGGUGAUGAGGAGGUGGUGGAGGACAACUGGCACGGCCGAAACGAAACGUCGCCGUUGCUUGCAAGCAGAGACUCGCCCAAGAUCAACUGAUGCUCUCGGCUCCCGAGCAAAGCGCCACGCAGCGGAUUGCGUCACGUUGUGGCGUACGUGCGCGCUAUGCUUCACUCCCCAUUUCCCAUUCUCACUCGCCUGUCUUCCCUGUGAGAGAGAGAGAGAGUGUGUGUGUGUGUGUGUGUCUGUCUGUGUGCACACAUGAUGUUGACGAUGAUGAUUCUGAAGUGAUGUGCAUGUGUAUGUGUGCUGUGCAUGCUGGUGCGUGCAUGAGCACUGCGAGGCAAAUGAUGUAGGUGCUUCUAGGGUUUGUUUGUUCUUGUUCUGUUUGCGUUGCCUGCUUCCUGCCACGUGUAUGCUUGCGUUUCUGUGCGCGCCAACUACAACGAACAUUCCAACCCGCAGAAUCGGGGACAACAAACCC